UCCAUUUAUUCACCCAUCUCUCUCUCUCUCUCUCUCUCCUCUCCAUGCCCUACAAUCUACAAAGUACACUUCUUCCUCUUCCUCCUUCCUCCUCUCCCUCUCCAGUGGCUGGCCUGCUACCUAGCCAGCUAGGGUCAUCUGCUCCUGCUCUCUAGCUCUCACUCUCUCUAAGAUCACCCACCAGCUGGGAUGAACCUGACCAAAAACACCAUAAAAUAGUGUGUGAUCUCCCACACGCACACGCAGAAGCACAAGCUUCGCCAUCCUAUUGCUGCCUCAACCUCUCCCAUCAUAUCAUAUGAGGAAGGAUUCUUUCCAACCUACAAUCUUUCCCUGAUGGCUAGCUCUUUCUCGGACUUUCUUUCUCUCUCUCUACCACCACCUCGCACCUAACCUUCUCGAGCUAGACCCACAACGAGAGAGGAGGCAGGCAGGCCGCCCGGAGACAUCAAAUCCAUUCUCCCCUUCUCUUCAAACAACCACCUCAUUUACCAGCUGCCUAAAAAAUCCACGCCGAGAGAGAUAUAGUUGGUUGGUUGUAUCUGUGUAUAUAUACCAUGGUCUAAUUGAUGACCAUGGACGUCGCCGGAGACGCCGGAGGGGGCCGCCGACCGAACUUCCCUUUGCAGCUCCUUGAGAAGAAGGAGGAGCAGCCGUGCUCCAGCUCGGCUGCAGGAGGGGGGCCAUCAUCGGCGGGUGGCAACGGGAAUAAUGGAUCGGGCUCGGGCGUCGGCGGGGCCGGAGGGGAGAUGCAGGUGCGGAAGGCCGCGCCCAAGCGGAGCUCCACCAAGGACCGGCACACCAAGGUGGAAGGGAGGGGGCGGCGCAUCCGGAUGCCGGCGCUGUGCGCGGCGAGGGUGUUCCAGCUGACGCGGGAGCUGGGGCACAAGACGGACGGUGAGACCAUCGAGUGGCUGCUGCAGCAGGCGGAGCCAGCGGUGAUCGCGGCCACCGGCACCGGCACCAUCCCGGCCAACUUCACCUCGCUCAACAUCUCUCUCCGCUCCUCCGGAUCGUCGCUCUCCGCCCCGGCGCACCUCCGCGCGUUACCUAGCCCCGCCGCCGCCGCACGGUUUGGAUCCCGCGCAGACGCGUGGGACCGGGUUGUCGGCCUCGGGUUCCCGUCCGAGGGCCCCGCCUCGUCGUCAUCGUCGCCGUCCCCGCUGCUGUUGAACUUCCACUCGGGCAGCGUCGGUGUCGACGUGCAGCCUUCGCCUUCCGCCGCUGCAGCGGCCGCCGAUAUCUCCAGGAAGCGGCGCUGGGAGCAGGAAAUGCAGCAGCAGCAGCAACAGCAACAACAACAGCAACAACAGUACCAGCAGCAGAUGGCCGGGUACACACAGAGCCAAAUGCCAGGCACCGUGUGGAUGGUGCCGAGCAACAGCACGCAAGGAGGUGCUCCGUCCGGUGGUGGUGGUGGAGGAGGAGGAGGAGGAGGAGGCAGCGGGGAGUCCAUUUGGACGUUCCCGCAGAUGAGUAGCGCCGCCGCGGCCGCCGCCGUGUACCGGGGGAGUGUUCCGAGCGGGCUACAUUUCAUGAACUUCCCUGCACCGAUGGCGCUGCUACCGGGACAGCAGCUGGGGCUCGGGCCAGUUGGAGGCGGAGGUGGCGGCAGCGGAGGAGGAGGCGGAGGGGAAGGGCACAUGGGGAUCCUUGCCGCCCUCAAUGCAUACCGGACACAGGCGGUGACGGAUGCCGCCGGUGAGCAAGGCGGAGAAGGAGGUGGAGGAUCUAGCCAGCGGCAACACGGAGCCGGCGGCGAGCGGCAUCAGAGCAUAAGCACCAGCGACUCGUAGGCCCGGCCGGAGGUCUCGGAAGAUCGCAACGCAUGCAUUGGUCCGGUCGGUGUGACUUUGAUCUGUUCUUUGUCUUGGUUUCAUUCUUUCUUCUUUUGUUGGUUUCCUUCCACUCUCUCCCUAGGCAACCUUGCAAGGACUCACUUAGAGCUGCAUUCCAUGGCAUUCUCACGUACCUGUACUUGUGGUUACGAGUGAGAGAGCGAGGUGAUGCCAUGGGAGGGACAAUCAAGAUGAGGGAAACGCACGCAGCUGCAUGCAGAGAGAUUGUUCUUUUUGUUCAUUUAGCUUUAGAGUUUGAUCGAGUGCGAGCAGAAGAGAGAUUUUUUUAAUCAAGCAUGGCAUCCAGUAUCUGCAUGUCAUGACGAUGGUUCAUUUUUUUCCCCCAAAGUGCUACUAGUUUUUCUACUGGCCUCUCUCAUGUUUUCUAGCU